UAUUAUUCCUAAAAGUUUAAAAUGGACAAUCUCAACGGAGACAAGACUUUUCAUCAAGAUUUAGGCACGAUUAAGGAAUACGAAGUUGAUAGUUGCAACUACUCUGCAUUCCCUGAAAAUGAACGCGCUCUCGAUAUUGAUCAGGAUGAAGUAAGAAGUCACCGACAGGAUGACCUUCCCUUUGAAAGCUCAAAGAAUGUUAUUAGGAGAUCUCCAUAUGGGUGUCAAGUAGUUCCUCAGAAUUUGUUCGGGAGUAGGACUUAUACCUCUCCUGCUUCUUUUGAUUCUUCUUCGAUAUACUCUAAUCCCUUCAAAAGUGACUUGAACAAAAGUAAAGCUUAUAAAGCACCUGCGCGGAAGUUCACAACUCAAAGGAGUAAUAGUAUUGUUACAAAACUAAGGAGCGAAAAAGAGUCUGAAAAAUUCUAUAUGCUUAGAAAUGUGGUCGAAAAUAUUGACGACAUCCAAAAACGAAAAAUUCUUCUCGAUUUCCUUGACCAGACCACAAUGAAGACUGAGUAUGUCACCAUUAAAGAGUCUUCUUCCUCAGAUGAAGAGGUUAAGUGUAAACAAAAGAAUGGUAGCCAAAAUAAAAGGCGUCAUAAAUCACCGAUAAGUGUGAUGCAAAAACGAUCUUUUCCACGCAGGAGAGGAAAUAAUGUCUGUUCUGAAGAGAGAAAACGCUUUUCACUCUUUCAUCCAAGAUUGAAAUCUGUUGCUGCUCCAGAACAACUUCAUAUACACAAUUAUGCUAUUGAAAGAAAGAACAUCUCUGAUGAAUUAGAUUCAAAGAAUGAGGAAAAAUGAUACACAGAGGCAAGCAAAGAAGUCCCUCUGGAAGCAAUUCUGGAGAGGAUCCAUAACUACCAAAACCCUUUUAGAAAUAGAAGAUGUGAGACUCCUUCAGGUUAUUCUGCUUCACGAGAUGAACCAAAUAGAAUAGAAAUCAUUGAGCAAGAUAUCGAUAACAUCUAUGAAACGAACCUUCAAACUGAUCUUGAGGAAGGCAAGAAGCAUAGGAGGAAUAAGAUAAUCCAUCUUCCUGAUGACAUUCUCGACACUAAAACUCCAUCUGUAGAAAUGAAUGCGAUCCCUAUGAUUACCAAAUACAUCAAGAAAUUUAGAACAGCACUAAUCAUUCUAUUUUUCGUUGCUAUUCUAGCCCUUGUUGGUAGAAACAUCUACCUCGAAGUCAAGGUCAAGACUUACUCAGAUAGAGUCUUUGUAAUGGAGCGUCAGAUCUCAGACCAAGCAGAAUGCACAACUCUAAGUUGAGUGCAAAAGUUUCGAGAGCCUCAUGAAUCCUAUUCAAACUAAAUCCCGCUAAAUCCAGAUCCAUCUCAGGCCCAGAAGAAGUCUCCCUUACUAAGGGUGUUUUAGGCUGAAAUUAGGCAUUGAUGGGUGCCUCUUUUUAUUAGUAUUUAUUUAAAGACUCUUUGUCAAACCCAUCGAUAUUCCAAUUA